GAAAUUACGUAGUAUAUAUUAAUGAACUUAGCAACUAAAAAAGUAUCAAAAUAUGUAUUAUAGAAAUAGAAAAGUACGAAUAAUUUAAAAAUUUUGAUUUAAUUAAAAAUAUUACAUUGUUUUUUCUAAAACAAUUACAAUUAACAUGAUUUAAUUAAACAAGGAUAGCCAAUUGUUAUCCAAAUUAACAACAUGUCUAAAACAAAGCAAAAAUUAAUGAACAAUGAACAAUAUUUUACGUGUUUUUGUAAAAAAUAUACGGAUAACACAAGAAAUUUGGUGUUAAAAGGAAGGGAUUUAAUUAUCAUGAAAGGCAAACAACUAGAAGAUUCGGAUAUAAAGUUUUUAUUGAUAUUUCUUAAACAAAAUCAAGACAUUGUAUCCCUUAACUUAGCAUACAACCAAAUUACAUGUAUUGGUUUCAAAAAUUUGAUUACUUACUUACUUAUAUAUAAAAAUAUAUACAAGUUGAAUGUUCAAAAUAAUAACAUAAUGGAAGCAGGAAUUGAUUAUAUGUGUGAAAUAGGACAAAAUUUACACAUCAAGAGUCUUCAAUUAAGUGGGAAUAAGUUUGGCGUUGAAUCUUCCAAAAAAAUAGCAUUACUAUUAUUGAAAAAUCCAUACUUAGAAUAUUUGGAUAUAGCAGAAGUUGAUCAAACUAUUUCAAGUUUAAUAUAUUUCACAACAGUUAUGAGAUUAGAUCAACCUAUAUACAAUGAAACUUUAAAAAUUUUGGACAUCAGUCGUCCAAAUCCAGGAUGUAUGUAUUUUUUUAAUGCAGAACAAUUUGCAACUCUAAUCGGACAUAUGUUAAGAAAUAAUACUUGUUUGUUUGGAUUGCACUUACAAAAAUGUGGUUUUAAUUGCCAUGACAUUGAAUGUAUGAUGAUGAAUGCACAAUAUAAUUACACAUUACAUUUCCUUGAUCUUGCUUGUAACAAUAUAGGAGAUCAUGGAAUGCAUCAUCUUGCUAAUUGGCUUAUAAAAUCUUCUGCUUUAUGUGGCCUUAUUUUAAGCAAAAAUAUUAUAACUGAUCAUGGUGCAAGGAUAUUAAGUCAUACUAUACCAUUUUCCAAGCUCAAGUUUUUAGAUAUUUCAUUUAAUAAAAUAACUGACGAUGGUAUGGUAAAUAUUCUAAAUUCUUUAAAAAAGAUUUCACUCAUAAAAAGCUUGCGAAUAUUCGGAAACUUUCUUAGUCAUAUAACUGCUAAGACUAUAAAGAGAAUAUUAUUAUCAAAAGUUUUAUAUCAAACAAAUCUUGAUGUCAAGCCUUAUAGAGUAGAAGAUAAAUGGUACUGUGCUCAAUAUCCAAUGGACUACUCUAAAGAACAUUUUUAUGAUAUGAUUGAAUCUUCCACAAAGUAUAAUAAUAAAGCAGAAACUUUUUCUAACAUAUACAAAUUCAAUGAAACAAGUAAAAUGAAAAAAAGAUUAUAGAAUUAGAGAUUCACUAUUAAUUUUCUUUAGAAAGCACGCAUUAACACGUUUUUAUGGACUUUUGUUAUAAAAGCUUCGCUUUUUUGCAAUAAGCAUGAUAGUGUAGUUCAUACUAAUAUGCUAAUAUAAUUUUAAUUAUUCCUACAAAUUUUGUAUCAUUUUAUUAAUAAAUUUGAGAUUUGUUGACAAUUAUUCACGAAAUCAAAUGCACUUUGAUAGGAUAAUAUUACAUGUUUUAGAUUGUAAAGCUGAAUUAAAGCAUUUUUAUGUUUUUUUAAAUUUUUCUUUUUAUAUCUAACCAUUGUUAACAUUUUAUCCAGGACAUAAUGCAACCAUAAAAUAUUUGUGUAUGGUUCAAAUUUUUGCCAAUUAUUUCUAGAAAUAAUAACAUUAUUGUUAUUAUCAUCAUCAUUAUUAUUACUGUUGUACUAUUACAUUAGCUUUGAAUUUAUGUAAUAUAUACUUACUGUACUUUAUCUUUCAUAAGACGAUAAAUCUCAAAUUGAUAUUCGCCUUGAGCAGUAAAUAAUGCAGGAUCUAAGGCUAAAUCAUUGAAUAUGCAGCAUCCUUGAUAUGACAUUCUUGAAAGAGUAAAAUCUAUGAUACACACCUUUAAGAAAAUAAAUAUAAUAUUUUGUGUAUUUAAUACAAAUAAUUAUAAAAAUUAUUAUAAAUAUAUGAUUGAUAUUAUAAACAUAAAAACAUACUUUUAUACCAUUACUUGAAACUGAAAUAUCUUUAUUAUCAAGUUUAUAGUAUAUAUAUUGUUCAUCUGUAUGAGAAAUCAAGAUAUUCCCCCAAUGCAAGUCUCUAUGUUCAAACUUAAGUGAUCUUUCAGCGACUGCUAAUGCUAAUGUAGCCUGUGAAAAAAGAAUUGAUAAUUAAGAUUAAGAUAUUAUUAGUUAUUAUAUAUAUUUCAUAUAAAAUAUUA